AUGGGUUGUUGCUUAUCAAAGAAGAGUAAAACUAAUGGAAGAGUGAAUGAAAAUACUCCUUUAAAUAAAGAAACUACGAACCAAAAACCUGUUCAACAACAAAAUGAAAACCAAACGUAUCAAGGAGUUGAAAAUAAAACUACAACAACUACUGAAACAGUACCUAAUAAUAAACAAGACAUCAAACCAACUGAACCACCAACUGAAAAGAAAUUAAUUGAAGGAACUCAUGUUCCAAAACCAAAAGGAGAUGCUCCUGUUAUUGAAGAUAGACCUAAUGGAAAAAAAGAAGUUGUUUCUGGAGAUAAAAGUAUUCUUCUUGAUGAGAUAUAUGCUAAACAUUAUGGAAAACUUGAUAAAAAACAUGAUCAAGUAGAAGAAGCUAAGAAAGCAUGGUUAGCUGCUAAAGAAGAAGGAGCAAGUGAUGUUCAAGCAAAACAUGAUGAAUUCCAAAAACAAAAAGAUGAAUUUGAAGCAAUGAAAUAUACAACACAUAAAGCAGCUUUUGAUGAAGUUCAAAUAUAUGAAAUAGAAGAAGAUACUAUUGAUUUGCAUGGACUUCAAAUUGAAGGAGCUAUUAUCAUGAUGAAAGAAGAAAUUGAAAAACGUAAAAAAGAAGGAAAGAAAAUAUUACGAUGUCAAUGUGGUAUGGGACAUCAUAAUACAGUAGGAUUUUCUAAAAUUAAAGAAGAAGUAGUUAAAACAUUAAAUGAAAUGGGAAUGAAAUAUAGUGAAGAUAAAGAACAUGGGUUUGUUAUUAUUGAAUUAUAA